CAUCCCGGAUACCCGGGUCAUCUGGCUUCAAAUCUAUCUGGACUCCAAGAAGCUGGCCUGGAACUAUCCUCUCUUCCAGCACAGCAACAGCAUCGGCUCCAGUUUCAACGUGGCUUCGUUACCUCAAAUGAAGUAAGUGCAAUCUAG